UUCGUUGAUACCGGCCGACGUCCGUUUCGAGUCCCGUUCGCUUUUGCCGCCACCGCCGACCGAGAGUACAGUGCCUUUUUGGGUAUUUUUGAUUUUUAUUUUCUUGUAAAAAAAUUUGCUAAAAAAAAAUUGUACUGUCGCGCCACAGCGUACGGUAUUAUUAUUACUAUAUUAAUCGUCGGGGGUGUGUGUGUGUGUGUGUGUACUCUGAACUUCAGCCGUCGUCGAGUUAUGCCUGGACAAUUAUCAUUGUUUUCCCGAGGAAUACUCACCACGUCGGGAUAAAGUCGUUUGGUUCAGGAACACGGCCGCCGUCCACUUGCCGAUAUUUUUUUGUUGGCCGGUGACAGUUUGACACAAGAAGAUCAGGUACGAAAUCGUUAUCUCUCAAUACAUUAUUAUAGAACAUAAGACAGAUCUACUUUGAUGGCAGACUUUUAGUAAACAUGACUAUGGCGUCGUCAGAGGUCUAACAAGGAGUAUGGGAAGAGAGGCAUGGGCCUACGGCUGGACCAGAGACCAUUGAGCAAAGUCACGGUAGUCUACGCAGCUCUCGUUCUCACGCUGUUUUACAGGGUCCCAGUCACAACUACCGGGUCGACGUUCAAUGAUGCUGUACACAUCACGGCAAUCGUGGGAGAAUCAGUCGUGUUUAACUGCCAGGUGGAAUUCCCAGCCGAGCACCCCGUGCCUUAUGUGCUACAGUGGGAGAAAAAAGGACUCGACAUACCGAUAUUCAUAUGGUACGAUAACUAUCCCACCCACAGCGGAUCGGGAUACGAGGGCCGUGUGGCCAGGGUCUCGCCAGACUCGCCGUACGGUCUCGCUUCGCUCAACUUGACCAACAUCCAAGAGUCGGACCAGGGCUGGUACGCCUGCAAAGUAGUGUUCCUCAACCGGUCGCCCACCAACAAGAACGGCACAUGGUUCCAUCUAGACGUUCACGCUCCCCCGAGAUUCGUCACCGUUCCCGGCGAAGUCCAAUACAUCAAUCUCGGGGACUCGAUCAUCCUGAACUGCCAGGCAGUGGGCACGCCCACGCCCGAAAUCGUCUGGUUCAAAGACGCCACGGACGUGCAGCCCACGGCCACGGUAGGCAUAUUCAACGACGGUACCGAGCUGAGGAUAUCCAACAUCAGGAGCGAAGACAUUGGCGACUACACUUGCAUCGCCAGAAACGGCGAGGGUCAGAUAAGUCACACGGCCAGGGUGCUGAUCGCCGGCGGCGCCGUGAUCAUGGUGCCCCCGACCAACCAGACAAAGUUGGAGGGCGAGAAAGUGGAAUUCCCGUGCGGCGCCAAAGCCAUGCCCGGCAACGUGACGGUCCGAUGGACCCGCGACGGGGCCGUGGUGAAAAGCAUUUCGGCCCUGGAGACCAGAGUUACCAUCAAGAAAGACGGGUCGAUGGUCAUCAAUCCGGUGAGCGCCGACGAUUCCGGACAGUAUUUCUGUGAAGUCACCAACGGCAUAGGAGAUCCUCAAUCGGCUUCCGCUUAUCUAAAUAUCGAAUACCCGGCCAAAGUGACUUUUACGCCGACCGUACAGUAUUUGCCGUUCCGUCUGGCCGGCGUUGUCCAGUGUUACAUCAAAGCCAACCCCCCGUUACAGUACGUCACGUGGACCAAAGACAAACGAUUGCUCGAACCGUACCAACAAAAGGACAUUGUCAUCAUGAACAACGGUUCACUGCUAUUUACCAGGGUCAAUCAAAACCAUCAGGGCAGAUACACGUGUACACCCUACAACGCACAGGGUACCCAGGGUUCGUCCGGGCAAAUGGAAGUUUUGGUGAGGAAACCGCCGACGUUUAUCGUCGAGCCAGAAAACAUGUACCAACGCAAGAUCGGCGAACCCGUCGAGAUGCACUGCGACGCCCAAGAAGCGGAAGGCACGCAAAAGCCAAAAAUCCAAUGGCAAAGGAGAGACGGCGCUGCUUUGCCCAAAGGCCGGCACAAGGUACACAGCGGAAACAUCACAAUAGAAAGUCUUCGGAAAACCGAUUUCGGAUACUACCAAUGUGUGGCCAGCAACGAAGUGGCUACCAUCGUCACCACUACCCAUCUGGUGGUUGAAGGCACACAGCCUCACGCACCUUACAACGUCUCGGCCAACGCUUCCGAGACCGUGGUCACUCUCCAAUGGCUGCCCGGUUACAGCGGCGGCCCCGACUACAAGCAGGACUAUACCAUAUGGUACCGAGAAGCCGGCAUGACGGAAUGGUCGACCAUACCGGUAACGCCUUCGGGAAGCACUCAGGUGACCAUCAACCGGUUGACGCCGGACACGACCUAUGAGUUUCAGGUGGUCGGCAAGAACGCGUUGGGCGACGGAAUGCUCAGCAAAGUAAUUUCAAUAAGGACACAAGCAGCCGUACCGUUAACUGUGGCCAAAAAACCAAGCCCCGCGCCACCGGUCACCGAGUUUCCUCCUCCCCCGAGUGAUGACGUCGUCGACUAUAGUGACCUAGUGUUGCCCACUGAUUCCACCGGUGCCACAAUGUAUCCCCCGGUGUUUAGACCAAAAGGUCCCAGGCCCGGCGCCCCCAGGAACUUGUCGAUCACCGAAGUCCGCAACGGUUUUGUCAUAUCGUGGCAAGCGCCGCUGGAAAGAGCCCACCUGGUCCUGUACUACGUGAUCCACUACAAGACGGACGGCGUCUGGAGAACGUUGAACAAGGCGCAGAUCAGAGCCGAAGACACGUCCUAUCUGGUUAAAAGUCUGGUGGGCGGUCGGACUUACUACUUCCGCGUGGUGGCUUAUUCGCUGAAGAGCUUCCAGAGCAGCGAAGAGAUCAAGUUUCCCGUGCCGGCCAGAGUCAAGCACAAGGCCAUAACUGCCGGCGUGGUGGGCGGCCUGUUGUUCUUCGUCGUGGCAAUCAUAUUGUCCGUGUGCGCCGUGAAGAUCUGCAACAAGAGAAAACGACGAAAACACGAAAAAGCGUACAACAUGGUAGCGUGUAGAAUGACAGACGCCCGAAACGGAGGUCAGAUACCCGGGACUAGUCAAGUGCCUUUAAAAAAAUCCAGAUCAACCCGAAUAUCAAGUCUGAGCAGCGGGUGCAACGUCGUUCUGAACAUGGUCACUCGGUCGAGGUCCAGUUCGUUCUUGAGCCACCGGGACGGCGACUGCGUGGACGGGCCUGGUCAACGGCGGCGGCUGGGCCGAAUUUCACGGUCGGCCGACGGCCGUUUCGUGCUCACCGGUGGCGAUUCUAGUUCGGGGCGUUCGUCGAGCGCGAGCAGCACCAGCGACGACGGCGGUUUUUUGUCGCAUCCGAGUUUCUCGAACCAGACGUGGAGCAGCCGCCGUCCGUUGAUCGGCCGCGCCGAGGAUAGCCGGAGCUCGCGCGCCGACGACUGGACGGACGACCGCCGCAGGCCCAUCACGGCGGUGGCCACGGUGUGCGGUCCCCAGACGCCGUACAGGUCCAGUUCGCCGACGUCCCGGCGCCACCCGGCCGAGUACUUCAACGGCCAGGACCUGAGUUCGGUGCCGGGCUCGGCGGAGCGGACGUUGCGCAGCGUCCACGAGCAGUACAGCCAACAGCUGCCGUCGCUGAGAGUUAUCCACGAGGAAAAUCAGCGAACGCUGCUGAUGCGACAACAGCCCAGCCCCAGGUACCAUCCAAACCCCCGGUUCCGGUCUAGGCACAUGCGGUACGCCAGGAGCGCUCCCGAACUCACUUCGGACGCCAUCACCGAGAGGUCGCCCGAGAGCCGGUCCAGUUCCAGCGGGUUUGGUUCUAAGAACACGUCGAGUCACCAGACGACGGCGGGUGGCCCGGAAGACUACUGGGGCGUCAGGGCGGUGCCACCGUACAAGCCUCCUCCGCCGCCGCCACCGUCGCUGUUCUAUACCAACGAACACUGGCUGGACUUUACUUCGCCUAUACUGCCCUCGCCGUCUUCGCACAGCAGCGCCAGCAAACCGCUGAGCGUGGACGAUCAGUACGAGUUCGACCCCAUAUUCCCGGUCUCGCCGACGCCCACCGAAUUGAUGAUCACGUCCACCCGGACGCCGACCACGCCGUCACCGUUCCGUUCGCGAACGCCCACCCAGCUGAAGAAGGCCAAGUACGAAAACGUGGAGGCCCGGCUUCAGGCCAUGAAGGAGGAAUUCUACGCGUACAAGCGCAGACAGGCCGAAAUGGCCCGGAUGGGAUACGUCGAGAGCGCCUGCUGACCCGACUGAACAUCUCAAACAAUUGUACUAAUAAUAUAUUCAUAGGUCUUAAUUUAUUUAUUUAGAAUGACAAUUUGUAAAAGCUCAAAUGACACAAAAGUUUUUUUUUUAAUAAGUAGAUGUUAAUAAAUUAUUAAAAAUUAUAUUAUUAUUUAUAUAUAUAACGUUACCGUAAUUAUUAAAAUGUUAAUUGACGCCUCCCCCGUAUCGGUUUAGUAGGUUGACCAACUUGUAAAAAUUUAAAUUAUUAAGUAGUAUUUGUGCCUAUUUAAUUAUAAAGAAGACGUUUAAAAAGAAAAUUAGUGAAAACUAUGGAAUUAAAAAUCAGUAUAAUAGAAUUAUUAUAUUAUGUUAACGGUGAAGAGGCAUAAAUCGAAUAAACUUAUUAUUUUUCUCGUAUUUGUGUAACAACCAGAACUGGAAAUAAAAAUAUUAUCGUGUUCUCCACAUGUUCAGUUCAUCGUAGAAAAUAAUCCACUUGCUCAAAUUGUACGAGACUGUUGUGCAGUCUGAUGAUGUUUUAUUAUUAUUAUUGUUAUUUUAUAAUUCUUCAGUUUAUGCCUCGUUAAAAACACCGUGUAAAUUAUAUAAGUGAGUAUUAUUAUAAUUAAUUAUGGGAUAAAACCUUGUGAUAACGUGUGCACUUAAGAUUUCUGUUCAAUUUAAUCUCAUCCUUUGUCACUAUAAAAUAUUAUUACUUAUUAUUAUUGAUUAGUUUGUGUUGUGUUCGUAAAGUUUAGUUUUGGGCACCUCCACCAGUUGUUCUCAGCAUUGUGUUUAUAACAAUUAUUAUUAUAUUGCAUCCCUUGAGUUCCUAUUAAACUAAAUAAACGUCCCGAGGCCGACAUGGGUUCCUCAUAUUAAUAUACAAUAUUUUCAUUUUAACAAUCAAAAACAAACAUAUUAAUUAUGUGUAUUAUAAUUAUACCUAUAUGGAAAAUAAAAAAUAAUAAUAGUAAUAAUACUUAAUAUUAUAUAACAUUUUUUUUUUUAAACGAAUCAGCAAUAAAUAAUAAUUAGGUUUACUUACUUAUUUUAAACACCGAUCUAGUCUGAGGAAUAAACUAGAUAGUAUUAAGAUGUUUAAUUUAUUGUUUUUUUUUUUAAAUUUUAUUAUUAUAUUUGAAAAGAACCAGUGUCAAUUACCCCUACGAAAAAAUUAAAAAUAAUAUUAUAAUAUAUUGUAUAUUGUAAAAAAUGUAACAAAAUCGAUUAAACUUGUGUAAUAAUUAUUUAUAUAAACAACGGGAGUAUUAAACAAAUAUGUCAGUGUUAUUUGGCCAAUGUGAUCGUACAAGACGUUAACAAAUUGUUAUUAUGUUACUACUUACUACCUACUAAUAAUUUCAAUCUACAGGAUUAACGGAAUUUCAUGUUACAUCUGAUGAUUUUGAUGAUGUGUUCAAAUUUUGAACAAACGAUUUAUGUAAAACAUUUUUUUUUUUAUCUGCGCGUAUAACUCAACCGCACUCCACCAACCUUCUUAAUUUAUAAACUCUAAUAAUUUUAAAACUAAAUUUCUUAUUUAAUCACUCAAAAUUGGUUAUCGACCAGUCAACAUUUUCAGCAAAUUAAUCUUGAUCGACUAAAUUUUCAAAUAUAACAUCAGGCGUAACAUGGAAUCCUGAUAACCUGUAUAUCGUUUACUAAUAUAUUAUAGCUAAAUCCUGUUGAGACAGAAUAAAGAAAAUAAUAGUAAAUUAUCGUUUUGACACAGUAUAUAGUAUUUUUUUUUUUUUUGCAAAAAACAUCUAAUACAAUACGUGAAAUUAAAACUAUUUAUUAAUUGUUUGUUCGAAAGACAUUAUAAUAGGUAGGUAGUAUAUAUAUUUGUUUUUGUUAUACUCACAUCUGGCCAUGCGACACUUGACUAACGUAUGUUGUAGCAUAGAUUAAAAGUAUAUUUAAUCUAUGAUUAAUUAAUACAACAUACGUAAAAACAAACGCUUUAUACAAAAUAAUUAGUUAGCUUGUAUGAAAAUUGUUAUCACCUAAAGUUAAAUUGUAUAUUGUAAAAAUAUGAUUACGUUUUUUUUCUAACUGGCUAUUGUGUUGUAAAAUAAUACUUAAUUAAAAAAAAAAAUAGGUAAAAGUAAACCUAUAUAGGUUACUUGUAAUAUUUUUUAAUAUAUUUGUUGUUAUAGGCUGUAUGUCAAACGUAUAUAUGUACACCGUGUAUCACAAUGAACUGACUAAUUUACAUCGAUUUUGUACAUAUAAAUAAGUCAGUUCAUCAUUGUAUAUGUGCCUGUACAUGGUGUCCCACGACAAUUUACUUUGUAUAAUUUAUCUUAAUAUCUCUAAAGAUGGUGAUAGGUGAUAUUUCAUUUUAUCUGACAUUUAUUUUGGCAUAAUAUUCGUCAAAUUAACAAAAAUUCCGUACUUAAUACCUUUACUUUGGAAAAGUCAUACUCAUAGUAAAUUCUCGUGCGAUACCUUGUUAUGUAAUAUAAUAUACAUUGCGUUUAUUGUUUUGGAAGUCAGUUAAUUACGAAAAAAAUAUAAUAGUUCAAAUUAAAGUUAAUUAACAAAAACAAAGCGAAAAUUGUUUUUAAAACCCUUCGUUUUAACUUUGAGUCAUUUAAUAUGCUUACAUUAUUUCAACUAAACAAAACUGACUUUCCAAAUGAUAAUACAUGUGUGCGUUUUGAAAAAUAAUAGAAACCGCAAACUACAUCCGUAUUUAGUAUUUUCAUUUUUCUGUUUAAAAUAAAUUAAAUCAUAAAUAAAAAAAAUCAAAUCAAAUGAUAGAUUUUUUUCCGGAUCAGUUUUGUAGUAUUGUUUAUUUUUUUUAAAUAUAAAUACACCUAUAAUAUCGUCGCUUUUAUGCAAAAAGUUAGGUACCAAGCGAUUUUUAUUUAAUUAAUUUUUGACUUGAGUAGGGUAUAUAUUAUUAUACUUUGUAUUAGAUUGUUUUAUUAGAUCAACAUUAUUAAGUUCAAAAUAUGUUAUCUUUUUACUAAUAUGUAUAAUUUCCUGUAAUGCGGCAAUUUAUUUAAAUUUGCCAUUAAAAAUCCGUUAUCGCUUUUUGCACAAGAACAACGAUAUAAAGGUAUAUAUUUGGGUUCCACUAUUAUUAAUAUUAUUAAUGUAUGUUAUUGCUACGUUUAGAACUAGGUACACUACCUAUAAUAACAAACUAUGAAUUAUGACGAUAAAAUAUAUAAUUUGACGGUUUCAUUUUAUUUUAGAUAUUUGUUCUUCUUUUUAAUGUGUAUUGUUCUUUUAUAAUUCCAUGACAAUACAGCUGUUUUAUUUUGCCAUUGAAAACGAUUAUGUUUAGUUAAUAAGAUCGACGAUCUCAUUUUUGUGUUGAAGCCAUUUGUUAUUAUUAUCUUUUAAUUUAUACAUUUUAUUAUAAUAUUACAUCGCCUAGUUAUUUUAAUUCUAGAAUAAGCGCAAUUUUCAAUUACUUGCAAAAAAAUGAAAAUUAUAAUCCUA